UUUGACUUUGUGAUGAAUCACUGUCACUAAGUUUUCUAUUAUGCUUAUGUUUACUAGUUUUGUUUUAUUUUAUUUUAUUUUAUUGUUAUAGUUUGUUUUUACUAUGUUUUUACUAUGUACUGGCUCUGUGGCACUCAGAUUCUUUUGAAUGAAAAGUGUGCUACAAAUAAAAUGCAUUAUUAUUAUUAUUAUUCUAUCAUGUAUUCAGUGAUUGGUUUGAAGUGGUGUUGAUUUCAUAUAAAUGUACCUUUUUUAUUUUAGGUGGGGAAUUUAAGAGGACAUAAUAUUACAGCCAUGUCUCUCAAUUCAUCAAGCCCAACAACUAUACUAACUUUACCUUCAUUCACCUUUCCUCCGUCAUUCAGAAUUCCAGCUCUUGUUUUUUCAACUCUUACAUAUCUCAUCAUCAUGUGUUUCAAUUUGAUGAUUGUUUUGACUAUUGCCGUCAACCAUAACCUGCACAAACCUAUGUAUAUACUACUUAUUAAUUUACCUAUUUGUGACAUGAUGGGAGCGACUGCAUUUUUUCCCCAGAUGAUAUCCAGUAUGCUGUAUCAGCACAGAGUUAUAUCAUAUUGGGCAUGUGUGCUGCAGGCAUUAUUAGUUCAUACAUACGGUGGUGGAUCUCUUCUUAUAUUGACAGCCAUGGCCUUUGACCGCUAUAUUGCUAUCUGCUCCCCACUAUCAUAUAAUACCAUUAUGACCAGUAAUAACUUGAUUAAAAUUAUAAGUGGUAUUUGGCUUACAGACAUCAUUUUGAUAUUCAUCCUCAUUUUUAUGGUACUCCAAUUCAAGAUUUGCACGACCAACAUCAAUGAUAUGUAUUGUAACAACCCCUCUUUGGUGAAACUGGCCUGUGAAGCGACGCAUGUGAAUAACCUCUAUGGUCUGUUUACCAUAGCUUUUUUUCAGGGUAUAUCAUUGGGUGUAAUUCUGUUUACAUAUUUACAAAUCCUUAUCACUUGCAUUUUCAAGAAACAGGCAGAUGCCAGAAGUAAAGCUAUUCAGACAUGCGGUGCUCAUUUAAUAGUUUUUUUAUUCUUGGAAUUUAAUGCAUUUUUUGCUUUACUUUCACAUCGUAUUGAAACAGCACCUACCUUCUUACGGAGAGCGUUGUUGGCAUCUGUGAUGAUAUUUCCUCCUCUAUUGAAUCCAUUGAUAUAUAGCUUCAAUACAAAGGAUAUCAGAAGAAAUAUUGUGGCAUUCUUUAAAAGGAAAACAUCGCCCUUCUAA